UUUUUUGUACUCCUGUAGUUCUGUCGCUUUCCCUAAUAAUUUAAAAUGUUCAUUAUUAUCUAUGGUCCUAGAAGAAACUUCGUUAUCAACGUCAUACGCUUUAGUCGUUAUCACAAGAUGAAAGUAAAAAAUAUUCAUCGUUUCACUCAUAAUCUGAAACGAAAAUAAUAAUAUUUAUUUCAAUAGGUUCCUAUUCAAAUUUUAAUUUCUGUUCUUAAUUAUUUAAUAUUUAGUCUUUACUUAUACAGAUACAAUUUUACCGUUUCUAUACAUAAUGUUAUUUUCGUAACAUUCAAAGUAGAGAUGUCAUUAGCGGAAGCUGCAAAUGGAAAUUCGUUUUGGUUGACAAUACAGCUCUUCACUGUAUCAAGUCAAAAACCAGUGGACACCUAACAAACAUGGUUGACUAUUGUAUUUUUUACAUGCAAUUUACCCGGUAGACUUGUCGGCCCAACAAAUGAAAUGCGUUUCAAUAAACAGGAGAUGAUCACAUUGGCACAACAACCAUCUAAUAAAUUUGACAAAGAAGGGCUGCUAUUUGUACGCGAACGUCAAGAAGGUUUUUUUAGAAGAACUGAGAAGAGAGAUUCAAAACGAAGCAAAAAGCGAGAACGUCUAAGCGAUUUGAACUGUUAUGGCGGAUCACAUAAAGCUAAUUUUGAGCGUUGGUGUCGUUUAAGAGGAAAUUUAUUAUUUUAUCUUAAGUCUCAUGAUCAGCUAUCAGAUUUACUAGGUGUUAUUGUUCUUCAAAAUUAUUCUGUACAACUAGAUGAGUCUCCACCAGAAGGGCCAUUUAGCUUUCAAAUAGUUUUUGAAAAUGGUAUUUGUCAACAAAUUGCCGCACAUACUGAGUUAGAAAGAGAUUCUUGGUUAGAAGCUAUAAAACAAGCAAGCUACGAAAUCAUGCGGGCGAGACUGUUGAAUUUAAGAAGGCAAUUAGAAGAAAAACGAAAACCAGAUUUAGAUAUUAAUAUGUGGAGAUUACGUAAAAAUCAACCUAAACUAGAUCUAACAAAAGUACCAUUGUGCGAAAUAUGUUUUUCUUGUGAUAAUCUGAUGUGUGAUGGACAUGGACGUUCUCCAAAUCCAGCCAUUGUUGUAUCAAUUUGUGUACCAAGUGAAAAUGUUUGGAUAAACUAUGCUAAUACAGAAGUAAUCAUUGAUAAUAGCAAUCCAACGUUUUUGAGAACUAUAUGGUUACAACGCAGUGAUGGGUUAACUGAGGAUUGUAUUCUUCGAGUAUCAGUUUAUGAUGUUCGGGAAUGUGUUUCUGGAACUGCAGUGAAGAUGGGACAUUGUGAAAUAACACUUAGCUCAUUGUUAGAAACUACUCAUUCAGGAAACAAUGGACAACGUGUCCGUUUGCCACUGUCUUCGCCAAGUAUUACAUCUGAUUUAGAUAAAAUUAUUGGUUUUGUGUCCAUGACGAUUUGUCGCCCAGAUAAACAGAUUGGACAUAAUAUGAGUACAGAAUCUACGCCAUGUAAAUCAUUAAUGUAUAACAAUCAUAACUUUCCCAUGGUAAAUCAUCGAAGAACACAAUCAUUACCUCCAAGACUUGGAUCCAGAUUACGUGUUCCAUUACAGAACUAUCUAUAUUUAUUAUUUGAUAAUGUAUCAUUUGUGACAUAUCGUUUUCAUUCUGGUCUAAGGGGUGAUAUAUCUGUUUAUGAAAUAAUGGCUGAAAGCAAGUUAUGCUUUUAUCUACCACAACAAUUAUUAAACAUAUGGAUCCUUGAAGAAAAAGAACUUUUACAAGAAGUGUCAGGAAUGGGUGAAUUAUCUGAACCAUGGCAUUCAAAACAAGUAGAACUACUUGACCGACAUUUACAAUUAUUACAUUUAUAUUCUCAAGCUAAACAAAAUCUGGAAAAUCAAAAGGGGGUUCAUUUUAAACCAAGUUCUCGUAAAAACGACCGUUCUUUAGAGUUUGCACCAACAAACUUGCAUUUACAACGCAUUUGGGUUCAAAAUGAUACAUUAAAAAAAAGUGGAUUUUAUGAUACAAUAACAGUUGGUGCAUUUACUGCACAUUCACAUAAGUCUAAAACUGGAGGAUUGAUAAAACUAUUACAACAACUCAAAGAAGCACCUCUUAAAACAAAUGGUCAUGCUAUGGCUAGUAGUAAAAUUACUAUGGCAUUUGAUGCAAUUCAAGCAAUUAAACUUUUAAGACGAGAGGUAGUAGAUGCAAUGAAAAGUUUGUUAAAUUUAGCUAAAGACAAACAAACCUCAGGAAUGAUGCCAAUUUGUAAUGAUAUGAUAUCUAAAACUCGUAUUUUGCUAAGCCUUUGGGAUCCAAAGCUUGUUGAAGAAGCUUUAAAUUUUAUUGAAGAACAUAAAGUGACACUUGUCUUGUGUGAUGAGAAUGAAUCUGUGAAAGAUACUUCAAAUUAUCAUGUAUCACCAUUUAAACGUAUAGCAAGCCAGAUAAAUUUUGAUUUACAAUCACCAGAUACCGAGGAUUUGUACACUCCUGAAAGUCCAAAAUGUUUGAGGAAUUUUAUGAAGUUUGAUUCAAAAGAAAUCCAAGAAGAACAUGACUUGAGCGGUAAUGAAGACCAACAACAGUUUAUUGUAUUUCCAGAAUCUAAGGGUGAAAUGGACAAUAAUCAAGAAGAUGUAAACCAUAUUUCUGGUUCUAAAGAAAAUACACUCAUUAAUGAAAGCGGCAAUGGUAUGAAAACAGGUCAAUUUUUGGAUACUUAUUCAAUGUGUAAUUCACCGUCAGCUAACUAUUAUAAGCCUACUGAAGAACCAGAACCUUGGGAGCUUACUCAGUUGAAUAUUGAAGCAAGUAUCAUGUGUCUUGUGAGCAAAGUUAAAUUUUUAUGUGGCCGUUGCAAUAGUCCAGCAGUAAGGUUGAGGUCUCAAAGAUGUCGUAGUUUUCGUUCAAACUCAUCAACAGUUCAGCCAACAAAUUCUCAGCAACCUGUGAGCUUAGAUUCUAGAUUGACUCAAAUUUCUGGUAAUGAAGCACAAAAAACUUCUAAUAACAAUUUACCUUCCAGAAACAAGUUUACAGAAGGACUUGAUUUUAAUCUUAUGACUGAUUGGGGUUCUGAAUUAAAGCCAAGCAUGCGUAAACUUCGUCAAGCUAUGGAUGGACUUUUAAAAACUGCUAGACUUACGCAUAGUGUUUUCAGAGUACAAGAAGAUAAACGUUCAGCUGAAAGGUCAUGCAAUGUUCGUUACCGGAGACAUGUUUGUUUUUCACAAGCGUUAACUGCUUUGGUUAGUGGUUUAAUGGCAAGAUUGUGGUGUCAAAAGCCUGAACCUGAAUUUCUGUAUGUUUUGUCUUCAAUUGGUUGUUUAGCCUCUUUUGAAUGUCUAUUGAGUUACUAUGGUAAUGAAAUUGAUAUGUGGGGUGACAUGGCUGUUGCCAUUGAAGAUUUGGCUACUGUGAACUUUACCUUAUUACCAUUAUCGCAAGCUGUUAGAGAAAAUCCAAAAGAUGAAAUCAUGCCACGAAUCGUGGGUUCUAAGAAUUCUUUAUGUGUUUUAUUACCAGUUCCUGAUUUAAUUCAGUCUCUAUUGCCUUCUAAAAAUAUUGCUCCAUUUCGGGUUACACCUGUUUUUUUUAAUAUUGGUAUUAAUGAAAUGGCGACUAUUGCAGAAAACCUUGGAAAUACAAAACCACAAGAUAGUAGCAAUAUUGACAAUUUUGAAAGAUUAAAUGAAUUUUGUUCAAGAUACCGUAAACUUAAUCUAUCCAGUAAUGGUGAUUGUGAACGGCAAGGCACUUCUGUUGCAGAAUUAAUGAGCAAUUUGAAAGAUUCAUUACAAAGCAAUAAGAGUAAAAAUGUAGAAAUACUGCAAACAGCAGCUAUAGUGUGUCGCCGCUUAAAAGGUUUAAGAUUUACUAGUUGUAAAAGUGCAAAAGACCGAACAGGCAUGUCUGUUACAUUAGAACAGUGUUCUAUUUUAAAUUUGGAAUAUGGACUUGCAGAAAGUGAAAUUCAGCAAGCAUUAGAUUGUAUGAGAAGUGAGGGGUGUAGGAGAGAAAAUGCAUAUAAAAAUACUGGUGUCAGAAAAUAUGCAUUUAACAGAUUACAACACUUUACCUUACCACAAAUGUACAGACCUCCGGCAGGUACUUAUGGAUCAAGCCAAACUUAAAUGGUUACCAUGGUUGUUAUACUAUUUUAUUAUUAUUUUUUAUUUCAUUUUUCAAUCAUAGAAUUGACAAACAAAAUUGUUUGACCUUUAAUAUGUUCCUAUACUAAGACUGUUGUCUUGUACUUAGAACCUCUGCAAUCAAUUUUUGAAAUAAGAAAAACUCGCUAUCAUUAUUUAUAUUUUUGUGGGUUUUAUUUUCAAGAUAAAAAUAACUGCUUAUUCUUUUGCUUAAUUGUUGAGCUUAAAAUAAAAUAAAUACAGUAGUUGCUUCUUAUUCUGAAUAAACCAGCAAAUAGGUUUUUUUCCAGGUAAUGUAAAUUAGCAACAAUAGUUUAUUUGGCUUUAAUAAUUUUUCCUAUAAUAUGAGGUGGUUUGCAUUAUCCAGUGGAUGGAUUUUACAGUGAACACUGUAUUAGUUAUUAAAUAAUGAACUGAAUUAGUCAUUAUUCAUUAAAUAAGUUUUGAAUAUUAAAUUGUUAUUAUCGAAGUAUGAUUAAAUCCUUACUAUUUAAUCUGAUAUUGAUAUCGAAUUAUGUAACCAUAUUUUUUGAAUACUGAAAUUAAAGUACUCUAACAGCGAUUGUCAUUUUAGCAUUAACUACAAAUUUGCAUAUAAAUGUAUUCAAUAUUCAUAGGUCUAGUCGUCUCUAUAUCAAAUAUCUUUUGAUAUAUCGCCAUGAGGUUAGAUUUCAAAGUCACAUCAUUAUAAAAACAUUAUUUGCUCAAGUUAUUAAAAAUGUAAUAGUAAAAUUAGGAAUUUAAAAAGAAGAAUGAUUUGUAUGCAAUAUAUUUAAAUAUUAUUAAUUGUUCUUAGAUUCAUACAAUAUUUUAUUCAUUUUCAAGUAAACAUCAUACUAUAUGACUAACUUGUAAGGAAAAUAUUUUAAUAUUUAUGAUACAAAGUAUUUUAUUUACUAAGGUGAAUCAAUAAAUUCUUAAUGCAUUAAAUUCGAUCAAUUUAAAAUACUAUUAUUAAUAAUACAAUUAUCAGAAAUAUUAAAUAAAUAUUUUAUUUUAACUAUUUCAAACGAGAAAAUAAUUGUCUGGGAACUAAAUGGAUACUGCAAUUUUAGGAUAUAACAUUUAAUUUUUGUUAAUAACAAUUUUUUUUAAAAGUUAUUUAAUUUAAGUACCGUGACUGUCUAAUUAUAUACUAUAUAUAUGAAUUAGUGACUAAAGCUCAGUUAAGAGUACUGGUGCCUGAGAAGGUUGAUUAAAAUUGCUUAGUUAAAAUUUUUUUAGCAGUUGCCAGCCAUGCAUUAAUUUUUUAUUUUAUUUAAUGCUGAUUUGACAAUUUUAUUAUUGCUGAAGUGCCAUUGCUGGAUGGACCCUUUUAUUAUGUAAACGGGCUAUACAAUAAUAUUUUCUAGUUCUUUGCUCUAUUGUACUAACUAUUUAUUGAUCACGAGUGGUAUUGUUUUACAAUUUUGGAGAAAAUAUUUGCUAAUAGGAAAAAUAUGUUUUAAAAUUAAACAAAAUUUAUCGAGAAUUAUAAUAUAAAAAUUUGACGAUUCAAAUAAGAAAAUAAUAUUGCCAUCAACACUUUUUCAUACAAUAUUCUUGCAAAUCCUAUUUAUUCUAAUUAUAUGAUAUCAAAACGAACCUUAUUUCCCCUAUUUGCCUAUAAUAUAUAUUGUACACAUUAAAUAUCUCAAAAUAUACAUCAUACAGUCAUAUACUUUUAAAUUAGAAUUCCCGCUCUGUUGUGUACUAGUGUAUUGAAAAUAUGCUUACAGAACUUUUUCUUAUAGAAUUACUGGCACUUAAAUUCUAAUAAAAAUAUCAAUUUAAUUUAAUUUUAAAACUAUUAUUUUUUCUCCUAUAAACAACUUUAUUAGUAAUAAUUAUUGUCUGUAUGUUAUAUAAAAUAACAAUAACAAAUUAUUGUAAAUAUUAUUAUAAUAAUCAAUGGUUUUACAUCUUCAUUCUUGCCUUCUAAGUGAAAUGCUACUUUUGGGACUGGCCUCAUUUCACAUGUCAAGGUGUUGAAGAUGGUUUUUGGUUAACUAUAUUUGUCUAGUUAACCAAGGGGUUGGGUGAGGAGGACGGUAAUUAUUGGCUGGCUUGCUCUUGAGUCUUGAUGCCAUAACACGCAAAAAUGAUCUGUGGCUAUCUCGAAAUCGAACCUGGGACACUAGAACAUUAGUUCAGUGUUCAGACCCACUCGGCCACGAGUGACCUCAAUUGUAAACAUUAUUAUGUUAUUUUAUUACUAAAUACUAAUUGUAUACUUAGUGUAUUAAAAACUGGGUCUGUAAAACAAUUGACUUUAUUUAGUAGAUGAAAAACAGUUUUUUUUUUAUUUCAAUCUCAACUUUAGAUAUAAUUAUAAUGUUUAAUUUUAACUGUUAAUUAAAAGCUUUUAUUACAUUAUAUUCAUGUUAUUUGUCUAUUUUUUAAGACAUAAUGUGUGCCAAACUUAAAUCAAAAGCUGUUAAAUAUUAAUUUAUUCAAUUAAUGUUUACAUUUUAACUUAAAAAUAUUUAAUGUUCUUGGGUUUAGGCGUAAGUCUUCCUGUUAUUGAUAUUAAAUCAUAGAUUUUCUAUUAUCUAAGAUAUAAUCAUGUUGCUCAAAAUGUACAACAGAAUCUUGAAAUUAUAUCAUAAUAUUUAUUAUAUUUAUAUAAUAUUUACUUUUAAGUUAAUUAAGAAUUAAAUUUACAAUCUAUUCAAAUAUUACCUAACUUUGUAUGUGUCCAGUAUACAAUUUAAUUUUAUUGAUAAACGUAUACUAUAACCUUAUUGAUUUUUUUUAGAUUUUAUAGUUAACUAACUUAUGUUUUCAGUCUGCACAUCUUUAUUUUAAAAAUUAUAGCUUAAAUGUUACCAUCAACUAAGUGAUUUAGAAAUUUACAACAAAUUUAUUAUUUGUUAUGCAAUUAAUUUUUAUUAUUAUUUCUUCUAUAUAGUACGUUUAUUUAUACACAUAAAUUAUUAUUUAUCAAAGUUAUUACAUUGAAAUUGUUUUUGUAUCGAUUAUUGUUAUAUUGUUUCUAUUAAUUGUAUCCUAAUACAUUAGACACAUUUUAUUAUAUAAAUUAUAGAAUUUUUUUUGAGCUGUUAUAUUAUUUAACAGCUCAAGCUUACCUUUAUGUAUUAUGACUUUUGACAUUUUAUUAUAUUUAUUUUGUUUUACCAAACUAUUUUGUAAAUAGUUAUAUCAUCUUAUGUGCAAUUAAAUUGUUUUAUAUGAUUGAUUGUUUACUAUUAAAUAAUGUUUUCAUUCAAGUGUAGAAUAAAUCACAAUGUACAAUACUAAACGUAUAUUAUGAAAUUAAUUAUUACAUUUUGUCUAACAUUAGGUAAUUCGUUUCUAAUUAAGUACAUUUAUUAUUGCUGUAUUUAGAAUAUUAUGUUUAUGUAUUUGAAUUAAUUUAAAUUAUUUAUUAAUAAUUAAUUGCCCACUAACCAACUGUAUUUUGGAUAUUGGAUAGUAAUCAAUUUUACUAUCUAGUAUAGUGUACUUAACUAAUCCUUAAACUUGUCGGCAUGUUAUAUUGUUUUUGUUAAACAAAAUAUAUUACGUAUACUAUUUAAUAUUUA